AUGGCUCAAAUACUCUGCGCUAGUGCCUCUGGCAACUUGACGGCCAAAUCUCUGCACGGAUGCACAAAUGUUAGACAGUCACCGUUUUCUCCGCUGACCAGCAUCUCAUUGCGAAGCGCCUUUUCCGGAACCGGAAGCUUCUUAGAAGCAAAGCACAACCGCAGAAUCCCGAAUCGGCGAAUCUCGGGAUUGCCGGGUCAUGCUCGUGCAGAGGAUACGAGCGACGCCAGCGAUGCUAGUGACACUCCGGUCGCGGAAACUGCCAAUGUCGCCAACAGGCUGACGUCAGACGGCCCCCUCCUUCGGCCUCGAUCUGUCUCCAUACCCUUUGGGGAUCGAGAGAUAACCGUUGAGGUGGGCCGGAUGGGGCGACAGGCCAACGGCGCCGUGACUGUAACGGACGGAGAGACGGUGCUGUACUGCACGGUGUGUGCAUCGGAGGAGGAGAGUGAGCCCUCAGAUUUCGUGCCGCUCUCUGUGAGCUACCAGGAGAGGUUCAGCGCUGGGGGGCGCACCAGCGGGGGCUACUUCAAGAGGGAAGGCCGGCCUAAAGACCACGAGAUCUUGGUGUCUCGUCUCAUCGAUCGACCUCUACGUCCCAUGGUGGCCAAGGGGUUCAACCACGAAGUGCAGGUCCUAUCAUGGUUGUUCAGCUACGACGGAGAGCACAGCCCCGACGCCCUUGCCAUCACUGCUGCUGGUGCUGCUCUGGCUGUAUCAGAUAUCCCUCUGGCGGGGAUAGUGGCGGGGGUGCGCGUGGGUAUGGUGAAUGGCGCUCUGGUCGUCAACCCAACCAACCAGCAGCUGGAAGGGUCGCCUCUGGACCUGGUGGUGGCUGGCACUACCGACUCAGUGCUCAUGAUCGAGGGCUACUGCAACCUCCUGUCGGAGGAGCAGCUUCUGGAGGCCGUUGCAGCAGGGCAGCAAGCCAUCAGUGCCAUCUGCCGCGGCCUACACAAGUGGACCCAGGAGGUGGAGGGAGUGGCAAAGCCGAAGCUCACUGCCGCCAUCCACGCCCCACCGGCUGACCUGCUGGGUCGGCUGGAGGGACUGGUGGGGGCGGACUUGGAAGCGGCGCUGAGGAUCGAGGGGAAGAAGCAGCGGGGGGUGGCUAUGAAGGCAGUAGAGGAGAAGGUGCUGGGAGCGCUCACAGAGGCGGGGCAGGCAGCAAUCAGGCAGGCAGCAAAGGAGGAGGAUGAGGAAGCAGAGCUGGCAGAGGAGGAAGGGCUGGUGGUGCCACUAGGGGACGUGUAUGAAGGGGAGGUGCAUGCAGCAAAGGAGGAGGACGAGGAAGCAGAGCUGGCAGAGGAGGAAGGGCUGGUGGUGCCGCCAGGAGAUGUGGACGAGGGGGAGGUGCAUGUGAAAGGCACAGGGACAGGCAUGGGGAAGGGCGUGGGCAAAGGGAAGGGGAAGGCGGAUGUGGUGGAGGUGGCAUAUGACCCGGUGGAUGUGAAGAAGCAGCUCAAGGAGCUGACGUCCCGGAUCAUGCGACGCAUCAUUGUCACCGAGGGUCGUCGCAGCGAUGGCCGGGGAACCAGUGACGUGCGUCCCAUCGAGUCAGCCUGUGGCGUUCUGCCACGUGUGCAUGGCAGUGCACUGUUCACCCGAGGGGAAACACAGGCGCUCGCAGUGGCGACACUGGGGGGGGAGGACAGCGCGCAGCGAUUGGACCACCUCACUGCCACGUCAGAGCUCAAGCGGUUCUACCUGCAGUACACCUUCCCGCCCUCCUCUGUGGGUGAAACCGGACGUGCCGGUUUCACGAGUCGCAGGGAGGUGGGGCACGGGGCUUUAGCUGAACGGUCGCUGGAGCCAGUGCUGCCAGAUGCGGCAGGUUUCCCCUACACCGUGCGAGUGGAGUCCACCAUCACAGAGAGCAACGGCUCCUCCAGCAUGGCAUCGGUGUGUGGUGGUUGCCUGGCAAUGCUGGACGCGGGGGUGCCCCUCCGCGCUCCUGUAGCUGGAGUAGCCAUGGGGCUCAUUCUGCACACGGAGCAGGCAGGAGGGGACGGCACCCCGGUCAUUCUCACAGACAUUCUGGGGUCGGAGGAUGCGCUGGGGGACAUGGACUUUAAAGUGGCGGGCAGUGCCAAGGGGGUGACCGCCUUCCAGAUGGACAUCAAGGUUCAGGGGAUUACUAUUGAUGUCAUGCGGACGGCUCUACAGCGAGCCAAGGAAGGGCGGCUGCACAUACUGGGUGAGAUGGCCAAGGCUGAUCCUCCCCCGUCGAAGCGCCUCUCGCAAUAUGCCCCCCGAUGCGAGUCCAUCCAGGUUGACCCAGAAAAGGUGAAUCUCAUUAUUGGCAGUGGUGGCAAGACUAUAAAGAGUAUAAUCGAGGAGUCUGGAGUCGACUCGAUCAACAUCGAGGAUGGGGGACAGCUGCGCAUAUAUGCGCGGUCAGAGGCAGCACUGGAGCUGGCAAGGGCGCGCAUAGAGGGGCUCACAAUGGUGCCGGAAGUGGGGCAGAUCUACCGUGACUGUGUGGUGAAGACUGUCGUUCCAUACGGGGCUUUUGUGGAGCUCAAACCAGGGAAAGAGGCCCUCAUCCACGUCAGUGAGCUCUCCACCGUUCGACUCAACAAGCCGGAAGAUUUUGUGGCAGUCGGGGACACUCUCGACGUCAAAAUUCUUGAGAUCAAUGCAAGAGGCCAGCUGCGAUUGAGUCACAAGGCAGUGCUUCUAGAGGAGGGCAGGGAGCCCGUGCCCACUAGUAACGCAUCCGCUACAAGCACAGCAACCCCUAAUGGCUCGAGCGGGGAAAAUAGAAAUGCUAUGGGAGCUGGGAAAGGUGGGUAUGCCCCUCCUAAGUCUGUGAAGCCUAAUGCUCCUGCGUCCCCUUCGCCCUUGGUGCCUAAGCCAAGGGGUAGGUGA